AUGAGUGGCGAUACUAUUUACGAAGCUCCGCGGAGGCAAAAUGUGGCCCAAAUGCGGGUACAUGAUUAUUUAUAUGAUUCGGCCUUCAUUGUCUCCGGAGCUCGAGAUUACGCUCGUACAGCCUUCAAAGCAGCCAUGGCGUCUGCACAAGUGGUCAUUCAACCGGUGUACAAGACGAUGUUUUCCGAGCUGCGAAAGUUUCCCAGGAUGCAAGUGGUUUACCACCCGAACUGCCGACUCCCUCACCACGUAGACCGCUCGUACGGGGCGUACCUUCGGAAAGUGAGCGAAGCCAGAAAUGUGCCAGCACCAGAACUGGCCGGCAAGGAUAGGUUUAAAUUCAGUGCUAUACCAAAGAAAUUGAUGGCUGUUCCUUGCGCGACUCCAGAGUUCCAUCCACCCACUCCCACAUACACUCCGGGCCCGACCAGACCGAGGAACAGAGGAACUCAAAGCCUGUACAGAGAAUCGUCUGCUCAAACGAUCCCAUGGCAGCCGGACGGGAAACCAGCGGACACUUGCGUGGAGACGCCGGAAAUGCUCUUUCUGGAGAAUUUACAAUGGGGUAAGGAUUCUGAAUGCGAAAUUGUAGGGCCAAAGGGAACAUAG